AUGGCCCCUAGACUCCUUCGCUUAGCCUACAGAAGAGUACCCUUCAAGGUUGUUUUCUUCAUACUGCUGAUACUUGUGCCAAUUUGUGUGAUUGGAAUCCUCACACAUGCCCAGCAUGUCUCCUACUUUUUACGUCCACUUUGGGACAACCCCCCUCCUCCCUUUAAACACCUACCUCACUAUUAUGCAGAGAAUGUCUCAAUGGAACAUCUUUGCCACCUACAUGGUUGGUCCCUACGAUCUGAGCCUCGCCGUGUAUUUGAUGCCAUCAUCUUUAGCAAUGAGCUAGACAUUCUUGAGAUCAGAUGGCACGAGCUUCAUCCUUACAUCACUAAAUUUGUAAUCCUCGAAUCGAAUACCACUUUCACUGGCAUCCCCAAGCCUCUCUUCUUUGACUCAAACCGGUCUAGAUUUGCCUUUGCGAAGGAGAAGAUUGUCCAUGGUGUAUUUUCAGGCCGAAUUGCUGCCCGUGGAAAAAAUGAGGACCCUUUUGUACUUGAGUUUGAGCAGCGGAAAGCUAUGAGUGGACUGCUCCGCAGUUCAGGAAUUUCCUACGGUGACUUGAUCAUUAUGUCAGAUGCAGAUGAGAUUCCAAGCCCACACACAUUGAAACUACUGCAGUGGUGUGAUGAAAUUCCACAUGCCUUGCACCUUGAGCUCAAGCAUUACAAGUACUCAUUUGAGUUUCCUGUAGAUUACAGUAGCUGGCGGGCCACAAUCCAGAUUUUUGGCCCUCGCACCGGUUACCGGCAUGCACGCCAAACUGACCUUAUUCUCUCUGAUUCUGGGUGGCACUGUAGUUUUUGCUUUCGCCGACUUCAGGAAUUUGUGUUUAAGAUGACUGCAUAUAGCCAUGCAGAUAGAGUUAGGAGGAAUGAAUUUUUGAACUACUCUAGAAUUCAGAAAAUCAUUUGCAGUGGAGAUGAUCUCUUUGAUAUGCUACCUGAGGAGCACACCUUUCAGGAGCUGAUUAAGAAGAUGGGACCAACACCCCAUUCAGCUUCUGCGGUCCACCUCCCAUCAUAUUUGAUAGAGAAUGCGGAUAAGUUUAGGUUUCUUCUUCCUGGGAAUUGUUUGCGAACAUAGGAAUGAAGUUAUUGGCAGUCCGGAUCAAAAUGAGUAAAAUAGGUAGAUGUAGUACAGUGCAGAACUCUGUCAUUGUUCCUUGCCCUUUUUAGGCCUCAAAUGCCCAGUUCUGUAAAGGGAUGUCUAGUUGUAUAACAGUUGUCUAGUUGUAUAACAGUUGCAAACAAAGAAAAAAUUGUCUUGCUCCUGUCCCAAAGAUUAUAGCUCUUCUAAAUUCUAAUCGGAUUCUUUUUCUCUGGGAAGACAUAUUGUUCAGUUCAAGCAUUAGAAAAGAAUCAAGUUUAUACA